AUUAAAUGCAUGUCAACUAAACAAAGACAUCCCAAGUCUGCCAGAUUUACAUGUUGUUCUUUUUGUAUUAAGAUUUUUGUGACUGUGAUUGUUAUUUAUUUUUAAAUUUAUCAAACUGUUUAUUAAAUUAAUAUAAGCGAAUGAUUUGAACACUGUGAACCGUUUAAUGUGAAUAAGUUAUUAAUGAAAUUAGGUGGAAAUGAAAGUCACGGAAGUUCCGACUAUUUGGUGCUAAUAGACAGCUUUAAACAUAUGUUUAAUGUUAUUUAAGAUAAGAUGUCUUGGGUGAAUAAAAGAAGGGGACAGAGUGUCCCCAACCCCGCAACAGCCCCCCAAGUGCAAAUGUACAACCCCAAUCAACAUUCCACUAAUAUGCAAGAGAAUCAAUGGCAACAAAACAACUGGUACGGCCAGCAACAACAACAACAACCCAAUCAGCAACACCUGCAGCAGCAGCAGCAGCAGCUGCAACAACAACAAUACCAACAUAAGCAGGAAACCGAUCAACCGAGCUAUUGGCAACAACCGCCAAAUAGCGCGUACAAUCAGAACGCGCAAUAUGGCAACUAUGCCGAUCAGAGCGGAUACUAUCAGAACACUGAGGGAUACCAACAGCCACCUCAGCAGCAGGCUUACGGUAACGUGCAAUACAACCAACAACAGUACAGUCAGAACAACGCGUACCAGCAACCGGGGGCCGAGGGGACGGACGCGUGGAACUGGGGCUGGGGGGACGAGGACAACUCCAACAACGUUGCCGCCGUCAAGCACGAAGCCGCCGCCGCCGCCGACAACGCGGCAACGUCGGACGCGUCGUGGAGCUGGCCGGCGGCGGACGACUCGCGAGCGGCGGACGGCGUCCGGCCGGACAACGACUCGUUCGCGCGCGCGGACGUCAAGCAGCCGCCGUUCAAGGCGGACGGCGACCGCCUAGAGGUGGUUAAGAGGGGCAAGCUGGACACGCCUCAGUGGUCGGUGGAGUCGCAGAUGUCGCUGGAGUCGUCCGACGACGUCGGGAUGGUUUCCAGGGGUUCCACCGUGAGCCAUUCUCCCGUUUCCGGUCAGGAAGUUUUGCCCGGCCAAAAUGUCGAGAUUCCGUUCGAGAAUAAGGAAAUUUUGCCUAGCGUCAAGCAAGAGGCUGCAGAAGUUACACCGCCUACAAAAGCAAAUCCAACACCACCGCCCCCUAUAAACAACCCCACGCCGCCUCUGUACCCUGCAUCGUCGUCGGAAGAUUUAAAGAACCCUUACAAGCGUUCCAGCAAACUUACCCCGCUAACGAACGCGUUCCACGCCCAGACCGUCAACUUGGAGACCCCGCCGGACAACUCGGAGCAGCCGGACACCGUGCCGGACCGCGCGCCGGCCAAGGCCGACCAAGGCCGGCCGGCGUCCGGCGCGCCGCCGUGGCCGGAGAACCAGGAGACGCCGAUGAACGACCGCAACCAGUACCUGGAGACCGGACAGCUGUCCGAGUUCGCGGCGCCGGCCGCCGCCGACGCCCCGUCCGACCCGGCGGACGCGCUGCCGCCGCCCGGGCUGCGCAGGAUGGUGCUGGGGCAGAUGGAGCAGAACGAGGGCGCCGCCAACGAGCCGCCGCCGGGCCUGAGCAGGAUGGUGUUGGGGCAGACGGAGUCGAAUCCCGACGCCGCCGGCGUCAGCGAGCCUCCGGAAGGUCUCCGCCGGAUGAUCCCGGGCGAGCCGAGCUCGCCGGAAGCGCGCCGGCAGGAAGUCGACUCGGAGCCGGAGUUCGACCGGCUGGCGUCGCUCACCCCGCAGCAGCGCUCGGCCACCAUCGGGGCCGACACGCCGCCCGCGGACGCCGCCGCCGGCUCGAACGCGAGCCGACCCGAGCGCAAGCCGGACAAGGACGUCUCCAGCAUGAUAAACUCGGUGCGGAACCUGACCGUGGGCGAGAACACGGACGACGACGACAGCGUGAAGGGCUCGGGCGCGCGCGAGGACAGCAGCGACAGCGCGGAGGCGGACGCUAGCAAGAAGAGGGAUGGCAAGCGGUACCACCACGAUAAGAACAAGUACAGGGACCGGUACACGCCGGAGAAAAGCGACAAAAAGUACGACAAGAGGAGGUACAACAGGGAACGCAGGUACGACGACGACACGGAGGAUUACUUCAGCGAUAGGGAUAGGGAUAGGGAUAGGGAUCCGAGACGGGAUCAUAGGAAUUACGAGAGCAAAAAGUACGGGAGCUUGCGCAAUAAGGAUAAGGACAGGCGCAGGAGGGAUCCUAGGGAUACUAGGGACCCUAGGGAUCCUAGGGACCCUAGGGAGCCCAGAAGUUAUCGCGGCGACCCCAGGAGAAACGAUUACUACGGAUACAACAGAUACGAGGAUGACUACGCGGAAAAUUCGAGACCCACGAGUCGUUCCGAUUCGAUGCACGAAUCCUUCAAGGAUAGAGCCGAUCCUCGGCACAGGCAUAAAGAGAGAGACCCAUACAGAAAACCCAGGGAUGGCAGAGACUUCUACAACCCAUAUCCUGGUUACGAUCCGUUCAACCCGUACUACCAGCAGUACCAGUACUACGAAAACUUGCGCCGCACCAACCCGCAAGCGUACGCCGAGUGGUACCGGAAGUACUACCAGCAGGCGACCGGAAACGCCUCCUCCUCCUUUGGAGGCGACGACCGCGCCUCCGUGCACUCCGGAAGAAGCUCUGCGAACGAAGACCUAAACAAGGACAGGUGUACGCGACAGAGUUACUAUAGUCAAUCGAGCGUGCCCCACAUGAGCGGUUACUAUGGAGAUGCUCAUGCGCAUAGCAUUUCCGGUCACUAUGGCCCGGACAGUUCUAGUUUGAACCGCCCUUUCGAUCACACCGACUCCUCCACGACGAACCUCGAAAAUCGGAGCGCUUCCGCGCACAGAAUGACGCCGGCGAAGUUCGCCACCGCGCACGCGAAAGCCUCCAUAGCGUCCGGCAAGCUGCUGAGAGUGCUGCCCAACUAUCCGCUGGACGGGCAGCCGGCCCUCGUCGAGGUCUGCAGCCUGCAGCUCGCGCUGCAGAACGACGAGGAGUUCCGCGAGCUCGACUCGUUCCCCGGGCCGCUGGUCAGGGGGGUCACGCACAAGAAAACCAUCAUCGAGUACUGCGAGAGCAAGAUCAAGGGGGCGGCGUUCGGCGGCGACGCCGUUCCCGACGUCGACUCCUACGUUUUGAUGUGGGAGCUGCUCAUUUUGCUGAUCAGGCAGAAUGGGAUGGUGGUCGGUACGGAUAUAGCGGAACUGCUUUUGAAGGAAAACAAGAGCAGAGAGGGCUUGGUGAGGCCUUCGUCUGUUUUGUCGAGCAUCAGCAGCGCCGCUGGCGACAAUAAUUUGCACUCUGAGGCGAGUAAUCAGCCGAACUCGGAGGCUAUAAGCGGUAGCAUGCAGUCUGUCAUGAAGGAGGAGGAAAUCACGCUGAAAUUUAGGGAGUACUUGUUGUACGGAUCUUGCAAGGAAGCUCUUGAAUGGGCAAUGAAACAUGGACUCUGGGGCCACGCUCUGUUCUUGGCCAGCAAGCUGGACAAGAGAACGUACGCCAACGUGAUGAUGAGAUUUGCCAACGGGCUCACCAUGAACGACCCGUUGCAAACGCUUUAUCAAUUGUUGUCGGGAAGAAUGCCGGCUGCUGUAACGUGCGUUUCGGAGGAAAAAUGGGGCGACUGGCGGCCCCACCUGGCGAUGAUCCUGUCGAACUCCAACCACCGCCCGGAACUGAACUGCAAGGCGAUCACGCUGCUGGGCGACACCCUGUCGCACAGGGGCGCCCUCUACGCCGCCCAGUUCUGCUACCUGAUGUCGGACGUGGGCUUCGGCGGGCGCGACGACCCGGAGGCGAGGGUCACGCUGCUCGGGGCGGACCGCCGCGCCAAGGACUUGGCGCGCUUCGCCACGAACGAGGCCGUCCACAUGACGGAGAUCUACGAGUACGCGUGCAGCCUGAACGACCCGCAGUUCGUCAUACCGGAGUUCCAGGUGUACAAGUACCUGGUGGCGACUAGGCUGGCCGACCGGGGCCUGCCGGAAAAGUCCCUCUCCUACCUGGAAAAACUCUCGGAAUACGUCGUGAAAAACCCCUCGACUGUUUCGGGGAAACUGGUGGACGCCGUCUGCGAUUUGGCCGACCGACUGAAAUAUUCCGAUCCGGUGGGCGACGACGACGACGUGGACGAAUCGCAGUUCGGAGUCCGGAGUCAGGAGACCAGCCGCCCGGAUCAAACGUGGCUCAAGGAUCUGAGAGCGGUGCAAAGCGAAUUUCACGCGGGUUUAAUAACUCAGGCCGCAGCCAUUGUGUAUUCCGAACCGCCGGUGGAAGAGUCGAGUUUGCAGCAAGCAAGCUACGACUCUGGUGCGCAGGAAACGUGGCAACAGCACUACCAACAACAACAGCAACAGCAGCAGUGGCAGCCCGAAACCACCCCUGUCGAAAACCAGCAGAGCUUCACUCAGCCGCCGGAAAACGACGUUAGUAAUGCGAAUCAGUACCAACAACCGCAACCGGAUCAGCAGCGGUACUGGCAAAACCAGAGCCAGCAGUGGAAUGAUGCGCAGCAAAGUCAAUUUUCUCAAGACAGUGCUGACCAACAGCAAACUUAUUAUGCUAAUAAUACAACUGAGGACGUCGCUAGGCAGCCUCAGAUCUCGAUGCCGAAUCAGUCGGGCAGGAGGAGGAGCGACGGCGAGGACGAGCCGUCGGCGAGUGCCGCGGCCGGCGAGCGACAAGGUUCGAGUCCGGUGCGGUCCGGGAAGACCGCGUCGCCGGAAAAAUCGACCAGCACCGGCUGGUUCGGAGGAAUUUUCAGCAAGAUCACUCUCAAGCCGAAGAAUCAAAUGAAGCUGCCGGACGAUAAGAACCCAAAGAUUGUUUGGGACCAGGACAAGAAACGCUGGGUGAACGUGGACGACGACGGCAACGAGACCGCCAACGAAGUGAAACCGCCGCCCAAAAUGGCGGACAUGAUGCCCAAGAUGGCGCCACCUGCGGGCGCGCCGCACCCCUUGCAACAGCCCGUACCGACUUUCGACGUGAACGGCGCAGUUUCCAAUUACUCCCAUCUGUCUUCCGAAGCGGCCUCCAGGCCGCAGAUGCCAGAGCCCUCUGCCGCGGACUCGCUGCCCCCCAAUCCAGCGGCGGCGGCGGCCGGGGGUAACAUGUUCAAGAUGAAGGGCAGAGGAAGGAACCUGAAGAAGUCGUACGUGGACGUGUUCAAUCCGGGCGGCAAGCCCGCAGGCGGUCCGACAACGUUGCCGGAUCAGCAGCAGCAGCAGCAAAAAAUGCCGCCGAUGAACUUUUUCACGCCGCAGCCAAUCAACGAUCCGAACGCUUCCAUCGAUUUUUUGACGCCUGCGCCGCCGCUGCACUUUGACGCGACUCAGGUACAAGCGAAAAAUUAAAAAUUAAAGUCGUCAUUUCGAGCUUUCCGCAGUUUUCCUUCCAUUCUGCAUCUUUUCUGUCCGAAUUUUAAUUGCAUUUUCACCAGAAAUUUUCCAUUUCACGAGAUAUUUGGACGUCUUAAUUAUCAAUGCAACGUUGUCAGCUUGUUCAAGAGUGCGGCCCAUUUUACCACCAAAGAAAAAUAAGAGAAACAUGUUCAUUUAAAUAUUAAAUUAUUCUAAAUGAAAGUUAUGUCCUCAUGUUUUUAAUAAAUAUACUAAGUAAAAAAUUCUAAAAGGCCUUUACCAAUCUUUAUGAAAUUUUGUAUAAAAAUACUACAACUUAUAUUUCAGUUUACGUGUUUGAGGGUUUUUCGAAAAAAUAUCCUAAAAGGGCUUAUUUAAUAAAAAAACGUUCGAAAAAUAACUUUUAGGGAUUUUUUUAAAGUAAAUAAAGAAUAUGUUGUUAAAGACCGUAUUUUUGAUUUUGUACAACACUUUUUUUUAUUUACUUAAAAAAAAUUUCCCUAUAAAAGUUUUUUUCGAGCGUUUUUUAUUAUUAAAUAAAAGGGCUUUAAAGAUAUUUUCUCAUAAAACCCUUAAACACGUAAACUGAGAUAAUAUAAUUAUCCCAAAUUUUAUAAAGAUUGCUAAAGGAGUUAAAACAUUAAAAGUUGCAAUUUUGAUACUAAGUCUUGUCACAUUACGUCUGAAAACAUUGGAAAUAUUUGCGAAAAUGCAAUUAAAAUUCUGCAAAAGCAAAAGGUGCAGUAAUUAUAAAUAGCAUUUAUGCAUUCAAGGUGCCCUCAAAAUGCCUGUACAAAAUGACACCAUUUAUUCCUAAGACCGAAAUAAAAUCAAAUUUAAAAGUUUGUUUGCAAUUUUUUUAAAUAACUUU